GCUAAACAAUGGACUUAGCAAAUGAAAUGCAGUUAAGGAUUGAUACAAAAAGUUAUUGUGAGGUAUGCGGUGAUAAAGCCCGGGGAUGUAAUUUUGAUGCCAUCACCUGUGCCUCGUGUAAGGAAUUCUUCAGACGCAACGCAUUCAAACAAAAGGGUCUCAAAUGUUACUUUCAAAACAACUGCACCAUUGAUGUAGUUUCUCGAAGAUUCUGUGCCUCAUGUCGUCUGAGAAAAUGUUUGAGCGCUGGUAUGAAAAAAGAGUAUAUUAUGAGUGAAGAGCAAAGACACGCCAGAAAAGAAAAGAUUAUUGAGAAGAAACGCUCAAAAGUUUCACGAAAAAGGGAUUCAUUGUUUGAAGUACCAAAACAAUUGGACCAACUUAUAGAUGAUAAUGAUAUAGUAGAUGAAUAUAAAGAAGACAACCAAAUGCAACAACCAAUGAUUUACAACAUUUCCACUGAUCAUCAUUUAUCUCCGUCUUCUCCAUCUAAACCUACAGAAGGUCUAAAAAGUCCAGACUUACCAAUUGGAUCAACUGUUUGUUCAGAAAUGUUUGGAAUUGAAGAAAAACCUUAUUUUUUGUCGAGAAUGGUUCAGAAAGAGUCGGUCAUAAUAAGUAAGUUAUCAAAUAAAAAGCCAAAUCAAUUGCAAAACAAAUUCAAUGAUGAACACAGCUUAAAGACAACAACCAGUGAUGUCGAAUCCAUUAGAAAACUCUUGAGUAAAGUCAAGAUAAUGAGAGAAAGUAAUUACUAUCCGACGAAAUAUGCCCUCCUUUGCAGGGCAUCCGAGAAUAACAGAGAAAAACUGACGCCAACCGAGAAAUACAAACUUAAACACUUGACAUCAAAUGUACAACUAAUGCAGGCCGAGACCAUCCAUGAGCUUCCAUGUAGUGGUCGGUUCAUUGAUGUCCUUAAAAUUACCGAAAUUAUAACAUUUAUGUUAAUUAAAAUGUGCAAAAAGUUAUUGGCUUUUCAACAAUUAAGUCAAUCCGACCAAAUUGCUGUGGUUAAGGGCGCCUGUAUGGAGACACUCAUACUCAGGUCCAUUAUGUCCAUCAAUCUUGAAAAAGAGUGCUGGGAGUCAAUGGAUUUAGAAAGAAACUGUAAGUUCUCGCUGAAAAUGGAAGUCCUAAAACAAGUUAAUCAGAAGGUAUACGAAGCGCACCGUAAGUAUGCCUUAAGUUUUGAACCCGAGUGGAGGUUUGAUGAUAAUGUCAUGUCCUGUUUGAUCGCAAUCUCCAUCUUUUCGCCGGACAGACCAAACCUCACAAAUGUUCACUUUAUUCGGAGCGAACAACAGAGUUAUAUAAAUCUUUUAAAAAGAUAUCUACAGACCAUAUAUGAUGGUUCAACAGCUGAAACCAUUUUCUAUAGACUAAUGGAUCAAAUAAAGCUUACAAAGACAACCAGUGAAGUACAUGUCAAGGCAUACUUUGAUGUCAAUACUAAUCAAAUUGAAGAAACCGGAAUCAGUAGUCUAUUGAUGGAAAUAUUUGAUCUAAAAAAUACUGAUAAAGACAAAGACAACAAUUCAUGA